AGAUGGGAAGGAAUAAUUCAUCUGCAAGAAACAUUCUAUUUAGCGUUUACUAGUUGACCAAAACUACAUGACCGGGUGAGAAGUGUGAACCACACCACAAAAGAAAAGAAAAAAAAAAAAAAAAAAACCCUUCGUUACCGACUGUGUUAUACGGACAACAUGCACCAAAGCUAGCUAUUAGCAAUUAGAAGAGGAUCAAGGAAAAGAAAAGCUUCGAAAUAAUGGAAGAAGAUCAAAGAGGAUCAGCUCCAAAUUACGAGCUGCAAGUUUCUUUCUCAACUACUCCACAAGCGAUCCCAGAAAUGGGGUUUGUACAGUUUGAAGAUAACCAGGUCCUAAGUUUCUUGGCUCCCUCGCAGUCUUCCCAGAUUUCUCAGCCUCUCAGCGGCGGCGGAACCACAACCACCGCCACUACUAGUACUGGCGUCACAUCCAACACAAACCCCACCAACAUGGGGUUCAGCCAUAACGACCUUGUUACUAGAUCUUCUUGGAAUAAUGAUCAGGUCGGAACAAUGGAUCCCAAGGUCGUCAACGACGAAAACUGUACCGGUAAUGCUAGCGAUGGCAACAAUUCAUGGUGGAGGAGCUCAAACUCGGAUAAGAGCAAGGUGAAGGUGAGAAGGAAGCUUAGAGAGCCAAGGUUCUGUUUCCAAACAAGGAGUGAUGUGGAUGUCCUUGACGAUGGUUACAAAUGGAGGAAAUAUGGCCAGAAAGUUGUCAAGAAUAGCCUUCAUCCAAGAAGUUAUUACCGAUGUACCCAUAAUAACUGCCGGGUGAAGAAGAGAGUGGAACGAUUAUCAGAGGAUUGUCGAAUGGUGAUAACAACCUAUGAAGGUAGACACAACCACUCUCCUUGUGAUGACUCAAACUCAUCAGAACACGAAUGCUUUACCUCAUUCUGAUUGAAUAUCGAUGCAUGGCGCAGCCUCAAUCCGAUCGAUCGAGAACCAAAAACGUUGUUGUAAUAUUAAUGAAUAUAUAUAUUGUAUCAGUUUGUGACAGAAUUAAAUUAUGUUGAUAUGAUUUUGAGGGAUUAAUGGCUGAUAUAUUUAUUAAUGUUCAUACGUA